CAGAAGAGAAUGCUUAAAUUUCAUCAAAUGAAACACAUAUUUGAAAUAUUGGAUAAAAUGAGAUGCUUGAGAAAACGUUCUGCAGUGUCAUUCUUGGGAGUUCUUGUUAUUUUCCUUCUUUUUAUGAAUCUAUACAUUGAAGAUAGCUAUGUUCUGGAAGGAGAUAAACAACUUAUAAGGGAAACAUCCAUUCAUCAGUUGAAUUCAGAGCGCUAUGUACAUACAUUCAAAGAUCUAUCUAAUUUCUCAGGACUCAUCAACGUUACCUACCGCUAUCUAGCUGCCACCCCUUUACAAAGAAAGCGGUAUCUUACAAUUGGACUUUCAUCAGUGAAGAGAAAAAAGGGAAACUAUUUACUUGAGACAAUCAAGUCAAUAUUUGAGCAGUCCAGUUAUGAAGAGCUGAAGGAAAUUGCAGUGGUGGUUCAUCUAGCAGAUUUCAAUUCAUCUUGGCGUGAGGUCAUUGUCCAGGAUAUUACCCAGAAAUUUGCCCACCAUAUUAUUGCUGGAAGACUGAUGGUUAUACAUGCUCCUGAGGAAUAUUACCCAAUUUUGGAUGGCCUUAAAAGAAAUUACAAUGAUCCAGAAGAUAGAGUUAAAUUUCGCUCCAAGCAAAAUGUGGAUUAUGCAUUUCUACUUAAUUUUUGUGCCAAUACUUCAGAUUACUAUGUAAUGCUUGAAGAUGAUGUGAGAUGUGCAAAAAAUUUCUUAAGUGCAAUCAAGAAAGUAAUUGCAUCCCUAGAAGGAACUUACUGGGUAACUCUGGAAUUCUCUAAGCUUGGGUACAUUGGAAAACUCUACCAUUCUCAUGAUCUUCCACGUCUGGCACAUUUUUUACUAAUGUUUUAUCAAGAAAUGCCUUGUGAUUGGCUAUUGACUCACUUUCGUGGUUUGUUGGCACAGAAAAAUGUGAUCCGUUUCAAACCAUCUCUCUUUCAGCACAUGGGUUAUUAUUCAUCAUAUAAGGGGACUGAGAAUAAAUUGAAAGAUGAUGAUUUUGAAGAGGAGUCAUUUGAUAUUCCUGAUAAUCCCCCUGCAAGUCUAUACACCAACAUGAAUGUGUUUGAAAAUUAUGAAGCCAGCAGGGCUUAUAGUAGUGUAGAUGAGUACUUCUGGGGGAAACCCCCUUCAACAGGAGAUGUGUUUGUUAUUGUAUUUGAAAAUCCAAUUAUAAUUAGCAAAAUUAAAGUGACUACUGGAACAGAAGAUCGGCAAAAUGACAUUUUGCAUCAUGGAGCUCUAGAUGUAGGAGAAAAUGUUAUGUCUAGCAAAAAAGGGACACAAUGUGUUACUUAUUUAAGACUAGGGGAAUUUAAAAAUGGAAACUUUGAAAUGUCAGAUGUGAAUCAAAAAGUUCCAUUUGAUGUUCAUUGUAUGAGGAUAUACGUCACCAAGACACAAAAAGAAUGGCUGAUUAUCCGAAGUAUUAGCAUUUGGACUUCUUAGGCAAUCAAAUCAAAAUAUUCAAUUACUGAAA